AAAGAAAGAGAAAGAGAGGGAGAAAGAAAAGGAGGGGUGGGAAUAAUUCAAUCAAUCACAUGACUUGACAGGAUUUCUAACCAUUUUCUUCUCUCUGUGCAACAAAAUCAUAUCUAUAUAAAACACAGCCCCCCAUCACCACACACACACACACACACACACACACAAACAAAGGAGCUAAGAUGGGACAAUAAGGAAAGCAUCUCAAGUAUCUUCUCUGGUUCCGUUUUGACAAUGACCCACAAAGGACAUUUCCCUUCUUUACAGAGGACAAAGGCGGGCUGUUGAGCUGUCAGUCUGCAGCUGAACAGCAUGCAGUCCUUUCGGGAGCAAAGCAGUUACCACGGAAACCAGCAGAACUACCCACAGGAAGUGCAUGGUGCAUCCCGGUUAGAAGAAUUUAGCACCCGCCAGCAGGUUCAGAUGUUCCAGAGCUUUGGAGGAGGCGGAGGUGGCGGUGGCAGCAGUAGCAGCAGCAGUAGUGGGCGCCGUGGAGCCGCAGGAAACUCUGCAUCAAUGGCUGGCGAGAACUCUGGACAUCAGAGCUAUCAAGGUUUCCGAAAAGAAUCAGGAGAAUUCUACUAUAUGGCCUCUAGUAAGGAUCCUGUGACAGGAGGACAGCAGCUCCCUCAGCGCAGGCCUUCUGGACCGGUGCAGAGCUAUGGGCCACCCCAGGGGAGCAGCUUUGGGAGUCAGUAUGGGAGUGAGGGUCAUGUGAGCCAAUUUCAAACACAGCACUCAUCCCUUAGUGGGGUGACUCACUAUCAGCAGGAUUAUACUGGUCCUUUUUCCCCUGGAAGUGCUCAGUACCAACAACAGACUUCCAGCCAGCAGCAGCAGCAACAGGUGCAGCAGAUGAGGCAACAGCUCUUCCAGUCUCAUCAGCCUUUGUCACAGGCAUCCGGCCAGUCUGCAUCCAGCACAUCUCAUUUGCAGCCAAUGCAGCGCCCUUCAGCUUUGCCUUCAUCUGCAUCUGGCUAUCAGCUGCGAGUGGGUCAGUAUAGCCAACACUAUCAGCCUCCUGCUUCUUCCUCUUCUUCGUUUCCUUCUCCUCAGCGUUUUGGCCAGUCUGGACAGAACUAUGAUGGUAGUUACAGUGUGAAUGCUGGUUCACAGUAUGAAGGACAUGCCGUGGGAUCAAGUGCACAAGCUUAUGGGACUCAAUCAAAUUACAACUUUCAGACACAACCAAUGAAGAACUUUGAGCAGACAAAGUUGCCCCAAGGGGGUCAGCAGGGACAGGCACAGCAGCAGCAGCAGCAGCCUCCUUCACAGCAUGUCAUGCAGUACUCAAAUACUGCUACCAAGCUGUCUCUUCAAGGUCAAGUGGGGCAGUACAACCAAGCUGAGGUCCCUGUGAGAUCACCCAUGCAGUUCCAUCAAAAUUUCAGUCCUAUAUCUAAUCCUUCUCCAGCUGCCUCUGUAGUUCAGUCUCCAAGCUGCAGCUCUACACCAUCUCCCCUCAUGCCAAGUGGUGAGAAUCUUCAAUGUGGACAAAGCAACAUGCCAGUGGCCUCAAGAAACCGCAUUUUACAGAUGAUGCCUCAGCUUAGUCCAACACCAUCCAUGAUGCCAAGCCCCAAUGCUCAGGGUGGAGGAUUCAAGGGAUUUGGGCUUGAAGGACUGCAGGAAAAAAGGCUUACAGAUCCAGGACUAAGCAGCCUAAGUGCCCUAAGUAGUCAAGUGGCUAAUCUUCCCAAUACAGUCCAGCACAUGUUACUCUCGGAUGCUUUGGCACCUCAGAAGAAAAGCUCCAAAAGAUCUUCAUCAUCUAAAAAAGCUGACAGUUGCACAAACUCAGAAGGCUCUUCCCAAGCAGAGGAGCAGCUCAAGUCUCCUCUGGCUGAGUCUAUUGAUGGUGGCUGCUCCAGUAGUUCAGAGGAUCAAGGCGAGAGGGUGAGACAGUUGAGUGGUCAGAGCACCAGUUCUGACACCACAUACAAGGGGGGUAACUUGGAGAGAUCCCACUCUUCGCCAGCACAGGCAUCUCAAAAUGAGCCCUCAAAGCUCAGUACCAGCCCUGCAGUUGAGGAAGAAAUGACCUCUCCUCCUGAUGAAAAAGAGGCUGUGGUAGCUGUGGAGACCACCCCAAAGGUCAGUGAAAAGGCAGUUGGUGUGAUAGUCUCACGGGAGGCUAUGGCAGGGAGAGCAGAAAAGUCAAGCGGGCAGGAUAAACCCCAACAAGAUGAUGUUCCUACAGGCACUCCAGCACCUCCUCCCAGUGGGAUGAAAGAGACUGGUCAUAUGGGAAUACAGCAAGAGUCGCAAGGAGGGAGUAAAGGGAACAAGAGUGGGGAUAACAGUACUAACCAUAAUGGAGAUGGAAACAAUCAACUUGGCCAUGCUGUCAUUGGUUCCAGUUUUUCAGGAAGAACAGAGCCUUCUAAAAACCCUGGUAGUUUGAGGUAUAGCUACAAAGACACCAUAGGAGUUAGUAUGCAGAGAAAUGCCGGAAACUUCCCUCAGUAUCCUCCUGGUCAAGAUAAAGGGGAUUUUCCAGGGCAUAGUGAGCGAAAGGGCCGCAAUGAGAAAUUUCCCAGUCUGUUGCAGGAAGUCUUGCAGGGGUAUCACCAUAACCCUGACAGAAGAUAUUCAAGAAAUGCACAGGAUCAUCAUGGAAUGACUGGAAGUCUGGAAGGUGCAAUGCGACCUAAUGUUCUCAUCAAUCAAGCCAAUGAAUUAAGCAACAGGGGCCUUUUAAACAAAAGCAUAGGUUCUCUUCUGGAAAAUCCACACUGGGGCCCAUGGGAUAGAAAGUCAAGUGGGACGACUUCUGAUAUGAAACAGAUAAAUCUGGCUGACUACCCCAUGCCUAGAAAGUUUGAAAUGGAAUCCCAGUCUUUAGCUCAUGAGGGGGGAGGACUCUCUGAAAGGAGAUCAGUUAUUUGUGAUAUAUCUCCUUUGAGGCAGAUUGCUAGAGACCCAGGGCCUCACCCUGUGGGGCACAUGGGUACUGAUGGCAGGAGUGGAAGGAGUGACCGUCUCACUCCUGGUUUAAGUCAGUCAGUCAUCCUUCCUGGUGGCCUUGUGGCCAUGGAAGCAAAGCUGAAGUCUCACAGUGGGCAGAUUAAGGAAGAAGAUUUUGAACAGUCCAAGACUUCUGUCAGCAUGAACAAUAAAAAAUCAGGAGACCAUUGUCAUCUUGCCGGUUUUAAGCAUGAGUCCUACCGAGGGAAUGCUAGCCCUGGAGCUGCAGUACUUGAUUCUGCAUCGGACUACAUGCUCCAACAGGAUAGCCGAUCAUUGCCACUGAGACGGGGACCUGGAAGAAUGGGAAGCAGCCGGGAGGGGAUGAGGGGUAAGUCUCCCUCUCAAUUUCAUGAUCUGGCAGACAAACUGAAGAUGUCACCAGGUAGAAGCAGAGGUCCAGCAUCAGAUCUUCACCAUAUGAAUCCACACAUGGUGCUUUCUGACAGGGUCAACCGGGGUUCCUUGCAUUCUCCUUUCCCCGCAAAUUCUGAAAGCUCAUCAUUGGCUUCAGCAUAUCACACUAAUGCUCGAUCUCAUGCUUUUGGUGAUCCUAGCCAGGGGUUAAAUUCCCAGUAUCACUACAAACGGCAGUUAUACCAACAGCAGCAGGAAGAAUACAAAGAUUGGAGUAGCAGUUCUGCCCAAGGGGUGAUUGCAGCAGCACAACACAGGCAGGAGGCAGCAAGAAAGAGUCCACGGCAGCAGCAAUUCUUGGACAGAGUAAGGAGUCCCUUGAAAAAUGACAAAGACGGAAUGAUGUAUCUCCAUUCUGGUCCUUACCAUGAUGCUGGAAGCCAAGAAACCGGCCGUUGCUUGUUGGGGAGUGAUGGAACUCUUCAAAAUAAGUGUGCUGAGAUGAAACAUAUGAACCAAAAAAUUCCGCAACAUGAGUCUGGGUGGGACCUCUCCCGGCAGGUGGCUCCUAGCAAGAACAGUAGCUCUCUGGGGGCAGCUGGUCAGAAGAGAUUUGUUCCUCAAGACAGUGAUGCACACAGGCGUGAUGAUGCUGGGGAUGUACUUAAAUCUGGUAAUACCAUGGUAAGGGUCCCUGGCCAAGAAGAUCAAUCUCCACAGAAUCCUUUAAUCAUGAGGAGGAGAGUCCGCUCUUUCAUUUCUCCUAUUCCUAGCAAGAGGCAGUUGCAGGAAAUGAAGCAUAGUGGCACUGAAGACAAAGGACACUUGCAUCCUUCAUCAAAGGAUGGCACUGACAAAGCAUUCAACUCUUAUGCCCACUCUUCCCAAAACCAAGAUGUUGGCAAAUCACUCCCAAAAGGAGACUCCUCUAGGAAUCUUCCAAGUCCUGAUCAUAGAAAUUACUCUGCUGUUUCCCUCACAAGCCCAGCUAAAACAAAAAUUCUGCCUCCACGGAAAGGGCGUGGAUUAAAAUUGGAAGCCAUUGUUCAAAAAAUCACAUCUCCCAAUGUUAGGAGAACUGCUUCUUCACAUUGUGCUGAAGCUGGUGCAGAUGCAGUCACUCUUGAUGACAUUCUGUCCCUGAAGAGUGGCCCACCUGAGGGUGGGAAUGUGGCCAAUCAUGGAAUGGAGGCAGAAAAUAUAAAAGAAGAAAUUGUGUUGGAUCAAGAGAGCCAGGAAUUGACUAGUGAAGUGUCUCUUACAAUAUCUUCUGAAGAAUGGCAUGGUGAAGGAGAUGUAGUAAAGAAAGAGACAUCAGAACUUUCCAGUGUAGGCAAGGAGUGCUCAGUGUCUACUGUGAUCCCGGUGCCUUCACAGAUAUCUCUUGGCCAAGGAAGAACAGAUGGUUCCCUAACUGCAGCAGGAACCUUAAGCUUUUCUGAAUCAAAAACAGUUUCCCCGUCCAGUGUCUUGACUCCUGAACCUAAUCCAAAGUCUGAAGAAAAAGAUGGAGAUGCAGUUAUCAUGACACCUAAGCCAGAUCCUUUUCCUCCAAAGGGGUAUUUUCCUUCAGGUAAGAAGAAGGGGAGGCCUAUUGGUAGUGUCAACAAACAGAAGAAGCAGCAGCAGCAAAAGCAACAGCAGCAACAACAGCAACAACAACAACAGCAGCAACAACAGCAGCAACAGCAGCUGCUGCCACCACUUCCAUCAGUACCGAUAGCACUUCAGCCAUCAGGAGAACCUAAGCCUAAGAGACAGCGAAGAGAGAGGAGGAAAACUGCAGCACAACCACGAAAACGGAAACCAAGACGAGCUGCUCCAAUUGUGGAGCCUCAGGAACCAGAGAUUAAAUUAAAAUAUGCUACCCAGUCUCUUGAUAAAUCUGAUACUAAGAAUAAGUCCUUCUUUCCUUACAUUCAUGUGGUCAACAAGUGUGAGAUAGGUGCUGUGUGCACAAUAAUUAAUGCAGAAGAAGAGGAGCAGAAUAAGCUGGUGAGGGGCCGGAAAGGACUGAGGUCAUCGACACCACCUCCCAGCAACACUGAGAGCAAAGUGCUGCCUACUUCCUCUUUCAUGCUACAGGGCCCUGUAGUAACAGAAUCCUCUGUCAUGGGCCACCUGGUCUGCUGCCUGUGUGGUAAGUGGGCCAGCUACCGCAACAUGGGUGACCUCUUUGGACCUUUCUAUCCCCAGGAUUAUGCAGCCACGCUGCCCAAGAAUCCUCCUCCCAAGAGGGCCACAGAAAUGCAGAAUAAGGUCAAGGUACGGCAUAAAAGUGCUUCUAAUGGUUCCAAGACAGACACAGAGGAGGAGGAAGAGCAGCAGCAGCAACAAAAGGAGCAGAGAAGCCUGGCUGCCCACCCUCGCUUUAAGAGACGGCAUCGCUCUGAGGACUGUGCUGGGGCCUCUCGGUCACUUUCGAGGGGUGCUGCUUGCAAAAAAGCAACCAUUGAGGGUGGCAAUGUUGGCGAAAAGGCUCCUUCGGACUCUAAACCCUCUGUGUCCACUUCUGACGGUGGUCCUGAGUUGGAGUUACAAAUUCCUGAACUACCUCUUGACAGCAAUGAAUUUUGGGUCCAUGAGGGCUGUAUUCUCUGGGCCAAUGGGAUUUACCUGGUCUGUGGCAGGCUCUAUGGGCUGCAGGAAGCUGUGGAAAUAGCUAAAGAGAUGAAAUGUUCUCAUUGCCAGGAGCCAGGAGCCACCUUAGGCUGCUACAACAAAGGCUGCUCCUUCCGAUACCAUUAUCCGUGUGCCAUUGAUGCAGAUUGUUUACUAAAUGAAGAGAAUUUCUCAGUGAGGUGCCCCAAGCACAAGCCCCUCCUCCCUUGCUCUCUUCCCUCCUUGCAGAACAAGAUGGUGAAAGGCAGCCUCAGCACAGAGCAGUCGGAGCGGGGGUGAGGGGGGAAGUGUGUUCGUGGGAAUGAAAAUAAAAGCAAGCACAGGUUAGGCUGUUGAGAUAAGAAAGCGGCGGACAUUCAAGAUUGAAUGGAUUCUUUCCCACUGUGCAGUCAUGCCCCCCUCUUGACGUGCCUGCCAAUGCCAGCACUUCCUUCAUCAGUUCUUUCAUCACACUUGACCGACAACAUCACAGAAUAUGAUCAAGGAGUCUGAACCAGCUGUUUUCAUGGACACAAUCUCCAUAGUGACUAUGGGAAGGGGAGGGAAAAGAAGAAAAUGUGGGGGAGUUAAAGAGGGAGGGAUAAAAUAUAUAUAUAGAUAUAUAUAUAUAUAAAGAUCUAUUUUUAGUCUUGAUAGACUUGUUUUAAAUGAAAGGUGCGCUAUCCCUUUUUAUGCAUUUAAUUAAAUUUUUAAGACCCACAUACGUUCCAAGUUGCUCAUAAAAAAAACUACAUAAAAUCCAAACAAGGCCUUUGAAAGUAGAUUUCAUCUUGUUUCAAAAAGAGGUAUGGAGUUAGGAGCUUGCUUAAUCAAAUUGGUCUCUUCACUCCAACUUCCACAACAGAAAACCCAGGUUUUACAGAUUAUUUGUUGUUGUUGACAAAAUUGUCUUAGGGGUGGGAGUUCAGAAUGAAUGAUUGCAAGGGAAGGGAUGUUUGCGUAUGUGUGAAGAGGGUUUUUCUUUUCUUUUCUUUUUAAGAAACACUAUUUAUUUUUAUUAAGAAAGCUUGAGAAGUAUCAGAAGACUUCUGUGUCCCGUGACUUGUGGAAUAGAGUGGCUUCUCCUAGCUUUAUAUGCAGAUACUCUGAACUUAUAGACAUGACUCUGUACCAAAAGCGGGGAGGAGAUUUGGGCCAUUCUUGGCAUUGACAAAUACUCCCAAAUCAUUCCAAGGAGCUGCUGCCUUUUUUGAGGGCAGUCUAGAAGAGAGUGUUGGCUUGCCUUCCAGAAAGAGGCAUUCAACAGGAAGUCUGAAUGUUGACAUAAUCAGUGUGUGUUAAGCUGACCAGGAAAAUCCAGUUAACCCUUCUCUUCUCUGUCUUUUGUUUCCUCAAAAGAAGGAAGGGAGAAUGUCAAUUUAGCAGCCUGCACCACAUGGUUACUUUUUGUUGUACAUUGUGUAAUUUUUCAACAUUUGAGUUUAAAAAAACAAAACUUUUUCUCUUGUUAAGGCCUUAAGAAGGGGUUAGUGCAUCUUUCAGGGGUCACUCUGCCAUGGGAAUAAAAUAGCUGUUUCACAAACAGUUUUAUAUAAAAAACUAAAACAAAAAAAUCUCAAAAAAACCUAAUAAACUUCAUUUUAACCUUG